AUGUCGAUGGAUCAAGACAUUAUUCAGAAUUAUGAAUACAUUGCAGCACAUAUCAGUGAUUACAUUAAGGAAGGUAAUUUCUUUGAUGUUUUUGAAGUUGAAGACAUCAAAAAGAUCUUGAAAAAUUCAAAUUUAACAACAAAUGACUUCAUUACUCUUCUUAAGCAGUCACAUCAUGCCAUCAAAACAAAUAAGUUAUAUACCUGUGCUCGAAAUGCUAAUGUUUCUAUUCAAAGCUUUGAAGAUGUUAUCUUAACACUGAAAUCAAUCAAAAAAUACAUGAAACUCGGAAUACUUAAUAGCAUUAUUGACUUUUUAAAUCAGAAAUCAAAAGAAAUGUUUGACUCUACAGAGAAAAUCCAAAAACAUCAAACAGAAACAAACGAAAUUCAAAAACCAAAAAAUGACAACCAAAUUCAAAAAAGUGAUGGUGAAGCUCAAAAACCAAAAAGUGAUAACGAAAUAAAAUCGCCUCAACCUCAAAUGAAUCAGAAAGAAAUUUUAUCAAAAAUUAAAAAACUUAAGAAAUCAGAUGAUUUUGAAAGUAUCUACAAUUUCCUUGAUGAACUUUCAUCACAAGGAAAUCAAGCGAUGGUAUCAAAAGCAUGUGAAGAAGGACUUUGGAAAAAGAUAGCUCCUAAAAAAGAUAAAAACGCUGAUGAAAAGAAUGUCCUUCAUGUUGCAUGUGAAAGAGGAAAUCUCAACCUUGUUAAAUCUCUCGCUAGAGCUGGCUGUACUGACGACAGUUCAAUUUUUAGAUAUGAUAAUUCACCACUCAUUUAUGCAUCAAUUGGAGGUAAUCUUGAGCUUGUUAAAUAUCUUAUCUAUAUUGGAGCUAAUAGUCAUUGGUGGUAUUCUCUCAUUAUUGCAUCAAAAGAAGGUCAUCUUGAAGUUGUUAAAUAUUUUAUCUCUAUUGGAGCUAAGAAAGAAGCAAAUGAUAAUGAUAGAAAUUCUCCACUCAAAUUUUCAUCAUGGAAUGGUCAUCUUGAAGUUGUUAAAUAUCUUAUCUCUGUUGGAGCUGAUAAAGAAGUUAAAGGUGAUUAUGGAGAAACUCCACUCAUUAAAGCAUCUGAAAAUAAUCAUCUUGAAGUUGUUAAAUAUCUUGUCUCUAUUGGAGCUAACAAAGAAGCAAAAGGUAUUACUGAAAACACUCCACUCUUUUCUGCAUUAAAAAAAGCAACCUUGAAGUUGUUAAAUAUCUUAUCUGUAUUGGUGCUGAUAAAGAAGCAAAGGAUGAUAAUGGAGAUACUCCACUCAUUUAUGCAUCAGAACAUGGUCAGACUGAAAUUGUUAAAUAUCUUAUCUCUGUUGGAGCUGAUAAAGAAGCAAAGGAUGAUUAUGGAGAUACUCCACUCAUUUAUGCAUUAA